AUGAAGCUGCUGUUUCUUCUUUUUCUCCUUCUUCUAUGUCUUUCUCAGACAGCAUUAGGGAACAAAAGACAUUUAAGAUUUCAACAAUGUGAGAGAAUGGGUGGCCUUUGCAAGAAUCAGAAAACGCACGGAUGCUCCAUCCUGCCUGCUGAAUGCAAAAGUCGUCACAAACACUGCUGCAGGGUUUAA